AUGUCUCAAAUAGGACGGUCAGACAGCACCUUAAUUGAUACUCAUGCCAAAAUCAGAAUCUGGAAAGGCAUGAACAUAACCAAAGUAAAUGAAUUUAUAUUAAUGGGUUUAUCUGAAAGACAAGAUCUCCAGAUUUUCUUAUUCAUGCUUUUUUUAAUGAUAUAUCUGAUAACCAUUUUAGGAAAUGUAGGUAUAAUUAUUAUUGUAUACCAUAACAGCCAACUCCACACACCUAUGUACUUUUUCAUCAGUAGUCUUUCCUUUUUAGAUCUCUGCUAUUCUUCAGAUAUUGCUCCCAAAAUGAUUGUAGAUCUUCUGUCUGCGAAGAGAAAUAUCUCUUACAUUGGCUGUGCUUUACAGCUCUUUUUCUUCACUGGCCUUGGGUGCACAGAAAGCUUUCUUUUUGCAGUAAUGGCCUAUGACCGAUAUGUUGCAAUCUGCAACCCACUGAACUACAGCUUGGCGAUGCAGCCAAAGACUUGCUUGGGACUGGUGUCAGGAGCUUAUACAGCAGGUUUCCUGCAUUCAGUUAUAGAGACUUGUUGCACAUUUAGUCUUUCCUUUUGUGCUUCAAAUAUCCUCAAUCAUUUUGCUUGUGACUUUCCUCCAUUAUUUAGUAUCUCUUGCACAGAUACUGCAGUUAAUGAAUUAAUUCUGUUUGUGUUUGCGUCAUCCGUAACCAUGUCCUCUAUUUUAGUAAUCUUUGUGUCAUAUCUCUCAAUCUUCUUGGCCAUUUUAAAGAUAAAAGCCGUGACGGGAAGGAAAAAAGCAUUUUCAACAUGUUCAUCCCACAUCACUGCCAUAACACUGUUUUACAGCACUGUCAUAUAUGUGUAUUUAAAGCCUACGUCCAAAACCUCUGUGCACAAGGCAAGUGUUGCAACUGUUUUUUACACAGUUGUAAUACCUAUGCUAAAUCCAAUGAUUUAUAGUUUAAGGAAUAAAGAUAUUAAAGUUUCUUUAAAAUCAAUGUUGCAAAAUACCAUCUUUAUCAAAAGAUUAAAAUAAUUGAAAAAUAACAUACAGUUGUAUAUUGUAUAAACAUAUAUUUAUUGUGGUAGAUGGUGACGAUGCCUUCACAACCUUUGUAGAUGACUUGUAUGCUACAGUAAGCACGGCGUCCCAGGCAAUAUUCUCUUGCGUAUAUCCCACCCCCUAUACUUUUACAUAGAAAGCAAUAUUGUUCAAGGUCUAGCAGGAUUGAGCAGUGAAGAAUCUGUACAGAGGAC